AAAUCCAUUCCAACUUUCCAGGCGACUUUCCCAUUUCAUUCCAAGCUUAACGGCAUUUAUUCAAAGAGAGCUGUAGAACGGACGAGACGCCGAGUUUUUUUUAUUUUGUGAUAAUUUGUGUUAAAUUCUGUUCGUAAAAGAUUUGCAAAAGAAGUGAAAACAUGUCUGAAGCUGCUGGGGAUUGUGUGAAAGUUGCAGUGAGGGUUCGUCCCCUUGUGGAGGCGGAAAUAUCAAAGGGAUGCCAGACGGUUGUGUCGAAAGAUGCUGCAAUUCCGCAAGUUUCUGUUUCCGGAGAUCGUUCGUACGCUUUCAAUCACGUUUUUAUGCCGGAUGAUGAUCAGUUAACGGUCUAUCAGGAAGCAGUGCGACACAUGAUUGAUAAACUCUUCGAGGGCUACAAUGUGACCAUCCUUGCUUAUGGGCAAACAAGCUCAGGAAAGACCUACACCAUGGGGACCACGUAUGACGGUGAAGAAGAUAGCAGUGCUGGAAUUAUUCCCAGAGCUAUGGCUGAUAUCUUCAAACAGAUUGAGGAGCUAAAGCAGGAGGAUUACUCAUUUAACGUAACGUGCACCUUCCUGGAACUCUAUCAAGAGGAUCUCUAUGACCUCCUGUCGGAUAAGCCGCGCGAAGGUAACACUCUUGACAUUCGUGAGGUAAACAGCAACAUCAUAAUCCCGGGGAUGACGGAGAUCGCUGUUCGCACGGCCAAGGAGACCACGGAUUGCCUUAUUAGAGGAUCAGCAGGAAGGGCUGUUGGGGCUACGGCCAUGAAUUCCCAGUCCAGCAGAUCUCAUGCGAUUUUUGCGGUUAAAAUUGAAACAACAACUGCCAAGGAAACGAUCACAGCAAAGUUCCAAUUGGUUGAUCUUGCUGGUUCCGAGAGGGCAAGCAAGACAAAGGCAACAGGAGAACGCUUCAAGGAAGGCGUGAAAAUUAAUCAGGGUCUCCUCUGCUUGGGCAAUGUGAUCUCGGCCCUCGGAAGCGGGAAGAACGGGAGUCAUCAGGGAACAUUUGUUUCCUACAGAGAUUCCAAGCUUACUCGAUUGCUUCAGGGUUCUCUGGGGGGCAAUUCUGUCACACUGAUGAUUGCCUGCGUCAGCCCGGCGGACUACAAUCUCGAGGAAACUGUGAGCACACUCCGCUAUGCAAAUCGCGCCAAGAAGAUCAAGAAUAAGCCUGUAGUCAAUCGUGAUCCCAUGUUAGCAGAAAAUAUGAAGCUCCGGGAGACAAUUCAGCAGCUUCGAAUGCAAUUGCUGGCCAAUCAACCACAAGGAAGCUCCAUGCCGUUCAAUGCUGUACCCGAUGAGAAGUUGCGCAGGGAAUUAAUCUUGCUCAGUGAGCGCAAUAUAAAGAUGCAGCGUGACUUUCAGGCGACACUCAAUGAUCUGGCAGACUUCCAGAUGAAGUGUGUCAUGGCGGAGAAUAUCAACGAAGAGGUGCAGAAGCUUGUGACGGAGUUGCAGAAGGAAACCAAUGACUACACAUCGCUCUACCUUGAGAAGGAUGAAGAAUCCCAAUUGAGUGAUCAAAUUGCAGCUUUUGGGCGUAUUAAGGGAAUGGUGGAUCAAAUAAGUCAUCUAAUGCUGCAGCACAAAGAGGAGGUGGAGCGAAUGAAUGAGUCCAGCAAGAGUAUCUGCCUUGAUCUCAGUGCAAAAGAAACCGUCGAUACGGCUGAGAUGCAACAGAAGUUGGAAGCAUGUAACUCCAAGCAGAUGAACUUCAACAAUGAACUGCGAAAUCUCAACCUUCAGCUGGCACAGAAGGAGGAGCUGCACAAGAGAUGCGUUGAGAAUCUCAUGCAGGAGGAGAUUGAUGAGAAGGUGCGUGAAUAUGAGACACAGAUAACACAGCUCGAGCGGGAACGAGAGGAAUUACUCACGAAGUUAGAGAGUGCAAAGAAGAGCACGGCAUCGGCUAAGUUGUCGGAGGAGCGUCGAAAGCGCCUGCAGCAGCUGGAGCAGGAUAUUGCGGAUAUGAAGAAGAAAAUUAUGCAGCAGAGUAAGUUGUUGAAGGUGCGUGAGAGGGAUUCCCAGAAGGUGGCUACGCUGACGCUUGAGAUUCAGCAGAUGCGCCAAGCAAAGGUGAAGCUGAUCCGGGCAAUGAGGGCUGAGAAUGAGAACUUCCGGAAUUGGAAGUUGGCCCGUGAGAAGGAGAUGUGCCAGCUGAAGGAGAAGGAUAGGAAAAGGGAGAAUGAGAUGAAGCGCAUGGCAGCGAUGCAUAGUAAGCAGAGUAAUGUACUCAAGCGCAAAUUCGAGGAAGCUGUGGCCAAGGCUAAGCGUUUGGAAGAGACCCUCGAUCGUCAGCGCACCGUCCAGGCUAUGCGGAAGGGCAAUAUGAGCAAGAUUGGCGCUGACAACAUCACCACAUGGCUGGAUCAUGAGAUUGAAGUCUUAAUGUCCACAAUUGAUGCGAAGGUAUCUCUGGAUCAUCUCAUGGAGGAUCGUGGCAUGGUUACGAUGCGUCUCAAUGAGACACGCGCCUUGCCGGAGCCAAAUCUCGAGGAACUCGCUGAAUUGGAGGAAGAUUUGCAGAUGCGAAAUGCCCAAAUAACGGAUCUUCAGCAGAAGACUGUUAAUUUCAAUGUGACCACAAAGGCCACGGCAAUCUCCAAUGGGAUUGUCAGCCUUCAGGAUGCACGUUUGAGCAUUAAGCAUAUCUUUGGGAUUUUGGCUGAAAUUCGCCGUGAGAAUGCCCAGAAGGACAAUGCGUGUGACACACUGAGAACAGAGCUUGAGGAUCUGCGGGAGAAGAAUGAGAAACUGGAAGGGGAUCUCAAGGAUAUGGAACGCAAGCAUGCCAUUCAGUUGAAUGAGCUUGACAAGAACUAUCAGGAGAAGAUAACGAUUGUCCUGAGAAAUGUCCAAGAUGAAGCACUCAAUUCCUCACAGCGUGGCAAGGAGAUUAACACAGUUCUUCUGGAUAAGAUUGAUGAGUUGCGCGAGGAAAAUGAUUCACUGAAAAAGAUGAACGAGGAGCUAGUGGCUAAGCUUGAGAAGGCCAAGGAGCCAAAACGGAAGAAGAGUGAACCCCCAAAGAUGGAUUUGCUCAAUAUUACGCGUGAAGUUCUAACGGAUUCGGAGUUGGAGGAAGAAAUCCCGGAUGAUGAUUCGGAUGAUGCUGACUGGAGACUAACUCCUUUUGUGAAGAAAAAGAAGAAGCUUUCGGAUGAGAGCAAUGAAUCAAGGAAAAGAAAAUCCGAUGACGUCAUGUUCUGUAGCUGCAAAACAAAUUGCUCAAAGAACAUUUGCGGAUGUCGUCGAGGAAUUAAGUAUUGCUCAGAGAAAUGCCGCUGCCCUCCGACGUGCGUAAAUAUUGAGGAGAAUGAAAUGAAAGGCGAAGUGACCAGCACCAGCAAUGUUGACGGAGAAGAUGAGAAAGAAAACACUCCGGCGAAGAAAAUUAGGGAUGAGAACUACAAGGAACCAGAAUACUUGACUCCGUAUCCUUACAAGAAUAAGAAGCGAAUCUUCUAUGAGUGAUUAAUCCCAUUUAGUGGUAUUCUAACUAAUUCAUUCUAUUAUUGCUUAUCUAUUUUAUUAUUUAAAUAACUCAUUUUUUAAUCAAUUUGAUUUUGAAAAAUUCUGUUUAUUAUUGGAUGAAUUGCUCGAUAAAGUCUCUAAAACUAUUAUAAAAGAUUGAUUAAUAUGAAAGAGAACAGAAUAAAUCAGAGAAUGUGAAAAGAAUAGAGCCUUUAAAUCCAAUUAGAUUUUAUAAUUUGUCCUACAUGUACACGAAAUAAAUCCUAGUUUCAUUUGA